AUGUCUACCAAUCCCGGCACUGAAAAUUUUGAAGUUCGUGGUGAUAUCCCUCAAGCGCGCUUUGGUGAUUUCUAAUCAGGUCAUACAAUAACUUUAAUUACAAAAUCUAAAGCAAUUUUAUUUGGAGGCGCAACUGGAGAUACAGGAAAAUAUUCGAUCACUGGCGAUACAUAUUGUCUUGAUCUUGCUACAAGAAUUUGGACGAAACUGGAUCCAAAUGGGUCAGUGCCAUCUCCUAGGGCAGCUCAUGCAUCUUCUAUAGUUGAAAAUAUGCAGCUUGUAGUCUAUGGAGGCUCAACAGGUGGAGGAAGUCUUGCAAGUGACGAUUUAUUGGGUAUUUGAUUAAUUUCUAGCUAAAAAACAAUUUUUUAUAGAAAAAUGUAUUAUAAAUGCAUUUUUUUAUUAAAAAUAUAUUUACCGUAGAAAAGAAUAUAUCUACUUGAUCUUAGAAAUGGGGAAUCGGCUGCUAGCUGAAUGAUAGUCCCUGUUAUAGGAACAACACCUGGAAGACGAUAUGGCCACACUCUGCUAUUUUCUAAGCCUCAUUUGCUGCUAUUUGCUGGGAAUACCGGCUCAGAAACAGUAAAUGAUGUUUGGUGCUUAAAUGUUGAAAGGUCUCCUUUUUCAUGGCAGAAGAUAGAAAUCAUUGGUGAUCAACCGAAUGCAAGAGUUUAUCAUUCAGCAGCUUUAUGUGUGACUGGUUCUGCAUCGGGUAUGAUGGUUAUUUUUGGUGGAAGGACUGGAGAUCAAAUGCCCUUUUUAAUUUAUUGCAUAAAAACUUCUAAAGGAAUAUUUUUGCAAAAAUAUAAAAAACGAUCAAAGUGCAUUAAAUGACUCAUGGGGCCUUCGACGACAUCGUGAUGGUCGCUGGGAUUGGGUUCGGGCCCCUUAUAAACCUGGAGGAAUUCUUCCAACUCCUCGAUAUCAGCAUACUUCUACCUUUUUAGACUCCGUUAUGAUUGUAGUAGGAGGGCGAACAAAUAGGGUCGGAGAAAGUGUAGCUCUUGAAGUAUAUGACACUGACAGCUCAGAAUGGUAUCGUUUUCCUUCAAUUUUACGUUUUCGACACUCCUGUAUCAGCUUAGAUACUUUAUUAUGCAAGUUCCCGAUGAUGGCGCAUUGAGCGCCAUCAUCGGGCAACUAAAGGUUAGGGUCCACACUGGAAAUGGGUUCCACGUGUGGAGCCCUUUUUGGCAUAUGAAGUGUGGAUUCCAACGUGUCAAAAAAGGUUCCACACGUGGAACCUAUUCCAGUGUGGACCCUUAAAGCACGUUGCCCGAUGAUGGCACAUUGAGCGCCAUCAUCGGGAAUUUCCUAUAUAUAUCCACGGAGGUUUUGAGCACGAUACUCCUAAUAUUCCUACAUCAGUGAUUACAAGGGUAGACACGUCAAAACUUUUCGCUGGCUUCGAUAAUUUAUAAUAAUUUAAAAGAAUAUUAACCAUUGCAAUAAUAAAUUCUUUAUAUUUAAAUUUAUCAAAUAUAGCAUAGUCCCAAAAAACAGCCAAAGAAGCUCCCCAAAGCCUCAAGAAUCCAGACCAUUGCCUCCACCUCCAGCAGACCAAGACCCAAAAACUCGGCCUGGGAUUAUCCCAGUCAUCACAUCUACCACAGAAAGAGGCAACCCUUUGCAUAACAUUUUCAUAAACCACCUACUGCGACCAUCUGAAUGAAACACUCCUGCAAACACAAGAUUUAGCUUCAGAAAAGAACAUAUUUUAGCCCUUGCUGAAGAAUGUGAAAACAUCAUAAAAAAUCAGCCAAUGGUGCUCAGACUAAGAGCCCCAAUAAAAAUUUUUGGAGACGUCCAUGGCCAAUAUGCAGAUUUAAUGAGGUUUUUUGACCUUUAUGGAUGUCCUUCAGAAAAGAAAAAAGAUGGGGGAGAUAUUGAUGGAUUUGAUUAUUUAUACCUUAUUAGACUAAUAUUUUAUACUAUAAAAUAUAGCUUUAUUAAUUAUAAAUUUAAAUAGAUGAAGGAUAUUUAUAGGAGAUUUUGUAGACCGAGGGUCUCAUUCAUUAGAAACAAUUUGUCUAUUAAUGGCAUUAAAAUGCAAGUAUCCUAACCAAAUGCAUAUGAUUCGAGGAAAUCAUGAAGAUAAAUGGAUAAACAACACCUUUGGGUUUGCAGAGGAAUGCCAAAUACGUAUAGGAGAAGAUCCAAACGACCCGAGAAGUAUUUUUGCGAGAAUUAAUAGGCUUUUUGAGUAUUUGCCUUUAGCAGCUGUCAUUGAAGAGAAAGUGAUAUGUCUGCAUGGAGGGAUUGGAAGUACAUUAAGGACAAUAGACCAAAUUGAAGCGCUGCCAAGGCCAUUAGAAGUUGUGCAUGAAGUUACUAAUGACCAACAACAGUUAGUUGUGGAUAUUUUGUGGAGCGAUCCUACAGAUUCUGACCAAGAAAUAUAUUAUUUUAUAUAAUCAUUAUAAAAUUGAUAAGAAAAUAGGAUUUUUUUAGAUUAAAAAUUGGCGUAUGUCCUGAGGUAAAAAAUAAAAUAUUUAUGUAGAUAUGCAUAGGAAUCCAGGCUAAUGUUAUAAGAGAUCCUAAUGGGACUGGAAAUAUCGUAAAAUUCGGCCCUGACAUUGUAAAAGAAUUUUUAAAUGCUAAUGGUCUCUCAAAAAUUGUAAGAGCUCACGAAUGCGUUAUGGACGGGUUCGAAAGAUUUGCAGGAGGAGAUCUAAUUACAGUCUUUUCAGCAACUGACUACUGUGGGAGGCACAAAAAUGCGGGCGCUGUGCUGUUUUUUAAGAAAAAUUUUGAAAUUAAGCCAAAAUUGAUAUACCCUGUAGACAAUCCAUAUGGCUCAAACUGGAUUGAAAGCGAAGAUGCAUUGAGAAAAAGACCGCCAACGCCUCCUAGAUGGAGAAUUAAUGAACAAAGAAGAGUUUCUUAUGAUUAA